GGGCCUCCCACACUAUCGCUCCCCCAUCCACCACAACACGGACACACGGUCUUCCCCACCGGCGACGACGAGAAGCGGCGGCGCGUGCCAUGUCGAGGUUCUGGAGGCCGGGGUCGGAGAAGCCGACGGCGGCGAUCGUCGAGGACGAGGAGGGCGGCGUCCUCUUCCUGCCCACAAGCACCAGCUCCUCCUCCUCAUCCGGGUUUGGGUACGCGAGCUUGGAGCGGCAGCGGCAGCGGCUGCCGGUGUACAAGUACCGGAAGGCCAUCCUCUACCUGGUGGAGCGGCACGCCACGACCAUCGUCGUCGGCGAGACCGGCAGCGGAAAGUCCACGCAGAUCCCUCAGUACCUUAAAGAGGCUGGAUGGGCCGAGGGUGGUCGACUUAUAGGCUGCACUCAACCAAGACGAUUGGCCGUGCAGUCAGUUGCAUCAAGAGUAGCGGAAGAAGUAGGUGUGAGACUCGGAGAAGAAGUUGGUUACACAAUCCGAUUUGAGGAUCAAACAAAUCCAGGUAUGACCAUGAUUAAAUUUCUGACAGAUGGGGUAUUGAUCAGAGAAAUGAUGGAAGAUCCUCUUCUGACCAAGUAUAGUGUAAUUAUGGUUGAUGAAGCCCAUGAACGAUCCAUUUCAACUGACAUGUUGCUGGGUCUUCUGAAAAAGAUUCAACGACGUCGGCCCGACUUGCGUCUAAUCAUAUCCUCUGCAACAAUUGAAGCAAGAUCCAUGUCAACUUUUUUCAACAUUAGGCGAAAGAAUUCUAUGCUUGAGUCUGCUGAUCAUUUGCCCAACCCAGAACCUGCUAUUCUUUCUGUGGAAGGUAAAGGUUACACAGUGGAAAUCCAUUAUGUUGAAGAACCUGUUUCAGACUACUUACAGGCUGCUGUGAAUACUGUACUUAUUAUUCACGAAAAGGAACCACCAGGGGAUAUUUUGGUAUUUUUAACUGGCCAGGAUGACAUAGACGCAGCUGUUAAGAUGCUAAAUGAAGAAAUUCAACACCGUGGAAGACAUUAUUUAGACCUGCUGAUUCUGCCCUUGUACUCUGGCCUUCCGCGGGGAGAUCAAGACCUCAUUUUUACUCCAACUUCAAAAGGUAAAAGGAAGGUUGUGAUAUCAACAAACAUUGCUGAGACGUCAUUAACUCUAGAGGGCGUGGUGUAUGUUGUUGAUAGUGGGUUUUCCAAGCAGAAGUGUUACAAUCCGAUUUCUGAUAUCGAGAGUUUAGUUGUCGCACCAAUAUCCAAGGCAUCCGCAAGACAAAGAGCAGGCCGAGCUGGAAGGGUGCGACCAGGAAAGUGCUUUAGGCUUUAUACAGAGGAAUUUUACCUUAAAGAAAUGCAGCCAGAAGGGAUUCCUGAAAUGCAAAGGUCUAACCUUGUUUCCUGCAUAACACAGUUGAAAGCUCUAGGAAUAGACAACAUUUUGGGAUUUGAUUGGCCAGCUUCUCCAUCACCAGAGGCAAUGAUUCGAGCUCUUGAAGUUCUAUAUUCCCUGGGAAUCCUUGAUGAAGAUGCCAAACUAACAGUACCCCUUGGCUUCCAAGUUGCUGAGAUCCCUCUGGACCCUAUGAUUUCAAAAAUGAUCCUUUCAGCCAAUAAUUUCGGAUGCUCUGAUGAGAUAUUGACCAUAGCAGCAUUUCUAUCUGUUCAAUCUGUGUGGGUUUCCAUGAGAGGAGUGAAAAAAGAGUUUGAUGAAGCUAAGCUCCGUUUUGCUGCUGCUGAGGGAGAUCAUGUGACGUUCCUGAAUAUCUACAAAGGAUUUCAUCAAUCUGGAAAAUCUAGUCAGUGGUGUUACAAGAACUUUUUGAACCACCAAGCAUUGAAGAAGGUUAUUGACAUCAGGGAGCAGCUUGUCAGGAUUAUCAAGAGGUUUGGCAUACCACUAACAUCAUGUGAUAGAGAUAUGGAGGCAGUAAGAAAAGCUAUUAUUGCUGGUGCAUUUGCUUAUGCAUGCCAUCUAGAGGAAUACAGCCAGAAUGGGAUGUACAAAACAAUAAGGACCUCACAAGAAGUUUAUAUUCAUCCUUCUUCUGUGCUAUUUAGGGUUAAUCCAAAGUGGGUCAUCUACCAGUCUCUAGUUUCAACUGAUAAGCACUAUAUGCGUAAUGUUAUUGCCAUUGAACCAUCAUGGCUUACGGAAGCUGCACCACAUUUUUAUCAGUUCCGGACACCCAAUCCUGCCCUUCACUAACUAUAUGAUGCCUGCAGGGAAUUAUUGCUAGGCACGUAUUACAAAGGAGGAACCUCCCAAGCUCCAUCACCACUAGUCUAGCGUCUCAAGAGUUUCACUGAUGUCGGAUCGAGCAUCCCUAAGUGAUACUACCAUCGAAUCCGGUAGCCCCAAGCUUCACAAGUACCAGAUCGGGGCAUCCGCAUGCCCCAACUUGCGACUGCCGCCAUUGCUCAUCAUUGUCAUAGGCACUACUUUGUGAGAAGCUCGUCAUCAUAGCUGCAAUAGCCACCUCAAGCUCGUCACUAGUAGUUAUUGCCACCGUCGUUAUAGUUAUGUGUUGUAGCCGCAUGAGCAACCUUGCCAGAAUAGGGAUGAAGACUGGAGAGAGAAGAGAGAAGGGAUCAGAGGUGAAGAGAGAGAAAAGAUAGCGGAGAAAUGGCUGACAUGAUGCGUGUAUUUUUUUUUCUCUUUGAAACGAACCACACAAGAUAGGUGUGAGAUUUCAUUUUAAUGUAGCAUU